CUCGCGCAGACCCCGAGCGUGGCCGCAGCGAAGAUGGCGACUGCCAUGUACUUGGAGCACUAUCUGGACAGCAUUGAGAACCUUCCCUGUGAACUUCAGAGGAACUUCCAGCUGAUGCGAGAGCUAGACCAGAGAACGGAAGAUAAGAAGGCAGAGAUUGACAUCCUGGCUGCGGAGUAUAUUUCCACAGUGAAGACUCUCUCUUCAGACCAGCGUGUGGAGCACCUGCAGAAGAUCCAGAACGCCUACAGCAAGUGCAAGGAGUACAGUGACGACAAGGUGCAGCUGGCCAUGCAGACCUAUGAGAUGGUGGACAAACACAUCCGAAGGCUUGAUGCUGACCUGGCACGCUUUGAGGCUGACCUGAAGGACAGAAUGGACGGAAGCGACUUUGAAAGCACUGGAUCACGAAGCUUGAAAAAAGGUCGGAGUCAGAAAGAAAAGAGAAGCUCCCGGGGCCGAGGCAGGAGGACAUCAGAAGAGGACACACCUAAGAAAAAGAAGCAUAAAAGCGGGUCUGAGUUUACCGACAGCAUCCUAUCUGUGCACCCCUCUGACGUGCUGGACAUGCCUGUGGAUCCAAAUGAGCCUACUUACUGCCUGUGCCACCAGGUGUCCUAUGGGGAGAUGAUUGGCUGUGACAAUCCAGAUUGUCCGAUUGAGUGGUUUCACUUUGCCUGUGUGGAUCUCACCACAAAGCCCAAAGGAAAGUGGUUCUGUCCCCGAUGUGUGCAGGAAAAGAGGAAGAAGAAGUAACGAAGAGGUUGUUGUGCCAGACUGAAGAGCAAGCUAAUAUAUUUCUUCACUCAUGUUGCAAUAUUAUCUUUCAUUUAAAAAACUACCUUAUUUCAACUGAUAUUUAAUAAUUUAGUGGCCAAUUGUAGUUUUGGAUAUUUCCCAAAAUAAGAAGCCACUGCACCAUUUGCACAGAACAAUCUCACAGGGACUUGCCACAGUGACUUCCCGUGCAGGCUCCCCACUUCUGCAGCCUCCCAGCACUGGGAUGGCAGCACCCCCUGUGCCGAGUGUCCCUUGGGACUGUAGGCAAAGUGCAUGGUGCAGGCUGGACACGUUUUUCACCUGGUCUGCUGCCACUGCUCUGUCACUAGAGGGUUGGCCUUGAGUGUCCGUGUCAUCCAGGACUGGCUUGUGGCACCAUGGAAGCUGCUGUUCUGUGAGCCAGGUCUUCCCAGACGCUGGCCUAUGCUGUGCUCUCACCCUGGCUGAAGACCAGGGACUCCUGGCCAACAUACCUCUGAUGUGUCUGGAAGGGACUGGGGGCUCUUCCCAGGUAGAAGUGCUCUCUGUUUCGUUGUGCACCGCCUUUUCAUGUGAACUUCCAGCCCGCCCUGGAGAUUCAGCUUCCAUUAGCCUCGAACUGUCAGUUAUCCGACCAGCACUGCCCAGCAGCGGACAAAACAGUCAGGCUGAGCUUCCACCUCUCUGGGAAUUCCUAACUUUUUUUUUACUGUGAAGAUGAAAUUAUUGUAAUAGCAUGAAGGUCUUGGGUCUGUGUGUCUAUGAAGUGAGUCUGUACUGUGAGCUGAUGUUAGAACUUUGCUGUGUUGCAUCCCACUGGACCACCGGCUUAUAUUCAAGGGGCUACAAUUAUGUGACAUGAUUUGUGAAUUUGUGUGCCCAGUAGCAGUUAUGGAAUGAAGGUAGGAAACUAGAGUAUACUCUUCGUCUAACCAGUGUCCACGAAACCAGUGUUGAAUUUGGAAAUAUUUGGGCAGGGGUGGGGGAAUGUGUGCACAGGGCCUGUUGAUAUGCAUCUGUGGUGGUUCCUUAAGUGUGACAGGAUCCUGAGAGUUUCCUAUGACUUAGAAUUCCUCUGGCAUGUUUUCUAGUGUCUCAGGCUCUCUGAAAACCAAAGAGAGCCUGUCCCUGGCCUCACUCGAGAGAAAGACCUGCAAGGCAGAGCUGGGCUAUGCAAUUUCCAAUUUAAGGAGAGACCAGUUGUUGAUCUGACGACAGGCAUAUUGUUUUAAGAUGGCCAUGUCUAAAUCGAUACAGUUCCCUCCCACUUUAUCCAAGGAAAGGGCACAAGGCAAGAGGGAGUUGUAUCUGCCCCACAUCAUGCCACCAUGGUCCUGUUCUUACUGGAUAGGGUGUCCUGCACAGCCUAUCCCAGUGAGAGAGGGAGACAGGAAUGGCUUGUGUUUAUGCUACUGAGUUAGUUGGUCCAUGUUGACUCUUCCUGGGCAGCAGGUGCCAGGCAGUUGUCCAAGCUUGUCUCUAGGCUAGGAGGAGCUUUGGAAAUGCAGUUCCUGUGGCCUCUAGGCUUGAGGGGCUGGCUUUCUUCCUGGGGACCCCUUCUCAGGCUCAGAUUAGAUAUUUUCAUUUCUUUUUGUUGUUGUUGGUUGGUUGGGUUUUUGUUUGUUUGUUUGGUUGUUUGGUUGGUUGGUUUGAUUUUUGGUUUUUCGAGACAGGGUUUCACUUUUUAGCCCUGGCUGUCCUGGAACUAGUUUUGUAGACCAAGCUAGCCUCGAGCUACAGAUUUACCUGCCUCUGCCUCCCAAGUGCUGGGAUUAAAGGCAUGUGCCACCACUGCCGGCUAGACAUUUUCAUUUCUUAAUUUAGCCUUUUGUCGUACUAAACGUUGUGAGGAUACGUUACACAAUUUUUUCCCUCUUUUCCCUUUUAUUUUAAAGACCAGGUCUUAUGUAUCCUGGGCUGGCUUUGAACUCACAAUGUAGCCGAGGAUAACUUUGAUCUUCCUUCCUCCACCUCCCAAAUGCUAAAGUUACAGGUGUGCACCAAGAGGUAUGAUUUUACAAUGUUAGGGACCAAACCCAGAACUUGUUUUUGUUUUUGUUUGGUUUGGUUUUUUGAGACAGGGUUUCUUUGUGUAGUUCUGGCUAUCCUGGAACUCAGAGAUCUGUCAUCCUCUAGCUACCAAAUGCUGGGACUAAAGGCGUGUGCCACACAGUCUGAUAAGGGUACACUAUUGCCUGGCUGCAACCCAGAACUUUAUGCACGCUAGGCAAGCAUUCUACAGACUGAGUUAUAUCCCCCUCUCUUUUUCUUCAUCCUUUAGUCUUUUUUAUUUUUUUUCCUUCAGUCCUAGGAGUCAGGCCUCAUGCAUCCUUUAAUUUUAUUUAAUUUAUUUAUUUAUUUGGAGGCAGGGCCUAAUUAUGUAGCCCAGUCUUUGAACUAGCAUCAUCCUGCCUUAGCCAUGAAAUGUUGGAAUUAUAGGUGUGUGCCACCUGUAAUGUCUGGACCUCUUAUAAUCUUUGUAAGCACAAGAAGUUUUAAAUCAGAUCUUGCCUGAUAAUGCAUUAGAAACUGAUUUAAUACCUGAGAUUCAGCCUGAGGCAGAGGAGGUUUCCUGGUGGACCUGCUAGAGGCUGGUUAAACUCCAUCUUUGGGGCCAUCCUGCAUACUGGCUUCUGACAUUUAUUUAUUUUGCAGAUUUCUAUAGUUAUCUGCUUUUUUUUCUUUUUACUUUUGAAAUUACAGUAAUGUCACCAAAAUAAGAUUCAUAUAGUUUGGAAACAAUAGAAUUCACGGAUUUGGGAAUUUAACCCAGUGGUGGAAUCACUUGCCUACCAGUGUGGCAUUGGUUGUGUGGUGGUGAGCAAACCUGCCUCCCAGAAGUGAUGGCCUAGGUUUGAUCCUUGGCAACGAAACAGAAAAAAGCAGGAAGGAAGGUCUUUUGGGUCAUUGUUGGGCUCUGAUGGAGUGCUUGUCCCAUUGUUAGUAUCUGUGAGCAGGGAGGCUAUUCAAGGAAAAGUGUACUGCCAGCUCCGGCUUGGGUGCUGCAGAAACACAGAAGCCAUGGUGCUGUGCCACUGCGCACCGUUCUAGGAGCCCUGUCUGUCUCCAUCAUUGGGCCAGAUACUCUUCCAUGCCUGCCCAUUGAGACCUGGCUCUAGUCAGAGUGAGUAGGGUGACCCCCACAGGUCAGGGUGGCAGCCAAGCCUGGAUCUUCGCUGUCUCAUUCCCCUUCCUUGUAAGUAUGUGAGUGUUUUGCUAAGAGGAGAGGAAUCAUCUUCCCCAUUUUUUGUGCAUAUUAUCAGUAGUUUAAAUGUCUCCCGUUUCUUAUAGAAGCAUGAUGAAUUAAUAGAGAACUGAGCCCCACGAUCUGUGAACAUGCUAGCAGUGUGAUGGUCCAAGCAGUGCUGACCACUCACCUGUCCAGCAGGUGACGUCAGCAGGAGUCAGGCCACCGACUGUGUCUUCCAUUCUGCCAUGAAGAGCCGAAGAGCCGUGCGGUGGAAGGGCUUGUGGAUGGCUGGGGAAGUGGCCGCCUGCUUGCUCCUGUGGAUACAGCAUCUUGCCUUCUAUCCCUCGCCUGUCUCCAGAAGGCCUUGGCAGGGCUGCUUCAAGCAAUAACACUGUUCGGAGAGCAACUCCUCCACGUGAUAUGGUGCCAGGGUUGGCCCUGUUAGGAGGCUGGGAGGUCAGGUCUUCAGGGUGUGAAAUCAAACAGUGAGGGACAUUUAUUUCAGGCUUUGAACCCUGUUUUCUGUGAGCAGAGAUUGGUCUUCACUGCCUGUGCCGAGAGGAGCUCUAAAGCAGGGGAGGUCUAAGAAGUGUCUUUUCCCUCAGAAUGUGCUGUGGUGGUCCUUCUUCACCACACUCCAUCCAUCGGAUGAUGCAGCUUUAACAUGAAUGUCACAUUUUAUUUUCAAGGAAUUAUUACCUUUGUCCCCUUUGUAAAGGAGAGAUACUAUUGUAAAUCUUUUUAUUAAAUAAUGUAAAGAUGUAUAUCUGUAUUUUUGGAUCAUGGAUUAUGGAUAUAUUGUUUAAUAAAUAAAGUAUUU